AUGGGCUUGAUUCACAGUGACUCUGACCUCCCAGACUAUCCCUUCAAAGAACCAGAGAGACGUUACCUUCGAAUCGUCAACGCCACUACUCCUCGGUCUGAUAUCAUACGCGCUCAAGCCGCAUUGCCUCAGAGACCUCCCAGGAGACACUAUCUCAGCCGCCUUCCAGUAAGUACUGCUCCGUUUAUGCGCAGACAAGCGUCUAACUUCAUCUUGCUGCCUGAAAACGUUGAUCACUUCACUGCUACCACCGAUCCACCCAGAGAGAAGAUCAAGACACACACCAAGAUCUACAGAGGGCUGGCUCGUUUUGCCAGCAAGAGUAGCACAAAUCUUGCCGAGCUCUCGUCUGCCACCAAGGAGAAGGUCAAGGACUUCAAGCUCACCAGGUCCAAGAGCUCGUACCAUCUUCCAGGUCUUGUGUCGUCCCCAUCCUCUCCUUCACGCAGCCUCACUCCACCCCUUCCAUCUCUUCCGACAGACCUCCUUCAGGGAACCGACAGAUCGAGUGUUCCUGUCAUUCAUUCCGAGAGCGUGUCUUCGACCAGCAGCGUCGAACCAUUGCCAGCCAAAUCACUCUCGAAAUGGGACAAGACUCGCCGCAGCCUGCGCGCAUUCACCUCCUGUCAUCGCUCCUUCGACUCCGACUGGGUCUUCUCACCUCUUCACGCCCGCUGCCUUGUCCACGUCAAAGUCUGCCAACAACUCCAAGACGGCUUUCAUCGAAGAUUCACCUUCUUCCAAGUCUGCGCACAACUUCAAGCCCAUGAUCGUGGACAAACUCAUGUCGCCCAUCUCCCCCACAGCGGAACGCCCAUCAUAACUGCUCCCUCAUCCUUCUGCGAACCAUUCCAGAAACCCAAACACAUCGUCUUCCCCAACUCGAACAUUGACGCUGGCUCUCCUUUUCGCUUUGCGGCCUCGACCUCAGUCCACACCGCACCUUCGCCCGCUGUAACCGAAGCUACGUCUCCUGAAGCCAGACCUUCUUCACCCGAAGCUGAACCUUCUAUUCCACGCCCUGCACGUUUCAAAACUCGCUUCAAGCCUUACACUCCCCGUCCCAUCCCGGCCGACCCCACCAAAGUCACUUUCCCUAAUGGACUCGAUGGAGACAACCCCUAUCCACGUCCUUACGGUGGAGGCUGGCGCAACCACCCCUACCAUCUCUAUGAAAGAUUGCCCACCUCCAAGCUCCUGGUCGAUCCAUACGCUAAGCCUGCUAAGGAACCAUUUUUCCGCCGGUGGUUCUGUGGCACAAAGAAGAGCAGUCGUAACUACUACGGCGGCCGUUCUGCAGCUCAAAGAGAACCCACCAGAUAUGUGUACAAGGCCAGUAAUGGCGAUCUUCACGAGGCAUACGAGAUGGAUGACCUGUCCCCUCCCAAGCCUGAGUCGCCAGAGCCUCUUCCCGAUGCUCCUCCCAAGCCUUUUGUAGGCACGGCCGUCUCAAUUCUGCAGAGGGUCAGAAAGAACGUCAAGGUCAAGUACGUCAAGGCGCAUGAUCCCGCGGGCAAUGUCUAUUUCUACGAAAAGUCCUAUGUGCCUCGCUUCACAAAGCACUCACUGCGCCCCUCGAAGCGCACAAUCAGCAUCAGAAACUUCCUCAACCGCCGUCUAUACGGCAGACCAGGCGACGGUGCCAAUCUGCUCAUGCCUCAUAUCCCCUUUCCCCCUGAGGUCAUUAUCCCUGGCGUCGACGACACAAAGGAGCGCGCCGAGCUCGAGGCUAGGAUGAGGGAGUGCGCCGAGCUCGCAGCCAAGAAGCCGGUGCAUCCAUUCGGUCCCAGGGACUGGCUCGACUUCGACGAUGAAGAUAUGAUCAAGAAGAAGAGGGCCGCUGACAAGGCGCAGAAGAAGAAGAGGGCCCUGGAGCUGAAGAGAGCGGAGAAGAAAAAGAACGAGUCACGUGGCCUUCUUUACUCCCUCCAGCAGCGACGCCUGGCUGCAAAGCUCAAAAGAGCCAAAACGAAUAUUGACAAGGAGAAGGAGGAGGAGGAGGAGAAGCUGGCGAGAAGGGAGAGAAUGAAGGCCUCUGAGACCUGCUCCUCUCCUGACAACCUCUCCCAAGAGCAAGAUCUUGUUGAGCGCUGCGAGGCCGCUCAGGGCGCGCAAGAAGAGCAGAGAGCCAUUGGCCUGGAGGAAGCCAGAAAGGGCAAGAAGAAGGUCAGCGUCCCUGACCAGGUCGAUUUCUCUGAGCCUGACUUUGCUGAGCGCCGUGAAAGCGCUCAGGAGGCGAAAGAGAGGCAAUGGCUCAUCGACUUGGAGAAGGCUAGAAAGGGCAAAAAGAAGGUCACAGUCUCUGAUGACCCUGCAUCCAGUCCCAACCCCAAACCAGGCAACCUCCGCCGCGCCCAUAGCGAUGCAGGUGUCGAUGCCAUCAAACAACAGCGCAAGGCCGACAAGCUCUCCAGAGCUAACAACUUGGACAAUGGCAAGCAGAAUCUCGAAAAGCAGAAGAAGGAACGUCUUAGGCCCUCCAAUUCUGGAAAGCAAGAGAAGCGCAACCGAAAGGCCGAGAAACGUCAGCAAAAGGGAGAGAAGCGCAAGCGCAAACCAGAUGCCACCGUGAGACUGGUGACAGAGACGAAGCCUGUGAAAUUUGUGUUACCGGUUGUCCAGGCAUCGGUUGCAGGGAAGCAACAGCAAAAGCAAGAAAAUCGCCAGCAAAAGGGAGAGAUGUCCGAGCGACAGAAAGAGGUACUCAAGCGCAUGGAACAACAACGCAUACGCAACCCCGAAGCCGCUUUGGCCCAGGCUAUAAAGGACGCAAAGCAUCGUAAAUCGCUGGCAGAAGCAUCACGGGCAUUGGUUGUCGAGAAGCCCCUGUCAGCGGUCACAGAAAGAAACUUGAAGCCGGUUGCAGAAGAAUCUCUGAACAUCACACCUCCUCGCCUCCGCACCCCCAACCGCUACAAAGAUGCCUCUUUCGAAUUCGAAGAGGCUGAACAACUCGUCACCCCGAAGUCUCCUGAGCAAUGCCAGUUCGAGGCUGAUCAAGCUGCUACACCACGAACGCCUAUACCUUAUGUCCUUCCAACUGUCGAGGAGGAAUCGGACGUUGAAGAUGGAAAGCAGAUUGCUGACCUCACCAAUACCUACACGGAGUUUCUUUGA